CUUCCGUUUCCGGUGAGGCCCGGGUAGAGCGGAGCUGAGGCGGGGGGUGCCGGGCCGGCGUCUCGGUUUAGGGUCGCCGGACGGGGGGGGCUGGCACUGCUGGGACCCCUCGCUGAGCGGCCGCGGGCUCCUUGCUACACCCACCCCUCUGCUCCAUCGUCUCCGUGCCGGGAAACGGGGAUUUCGGGGGCCCGGGCCUUGCUCUUGGCUUCUCUUCUUCCUUGGCUGAGCGUUGAGGCUGGUAGAGGGAUAUCUGCCUUCCCUGUAGCUUCAGAUAUGGCUUAAGACUGAGAGCUUUGUGGGUCUUGCUUCUGUUCAGCGAGAAGGCUGAAAUGUCCCUGACGGAGUGGCACAUAGCGGUGAAACUGGCGGAUCAGCCGCUGGCUCCCAAAUCCAUCUUACGUUUACCGGAGACAGAGCUGGGAGAAUGCCCGCUCGGUGGGUGCAGCAUCUCCUACCUCAAGCAGCUCAUCACCGGUAAACUGCAGGAGUCCGUCCCAGACCCUGAGCUCAUAGAUCUGAUCUACUGUGGCCGUAAGCUGAGGGAUGACCAGACGCUUGAUUUUUAUGGCAUCCAGUCUGGCUCCACUGUUCAUGUCCUGCGCAAGUCCUGGCCUGAGCCUGAUCAGAAACCAGAGCCUGUGGAUAAGGUGGCGGCAGUACGGGAGUUCCGGGUCCUUCACACUGCCCUGCAUAGCAGUCCUGCCUACAGAGAUGCAGUCUUCAAAAUGCUGGGGAACAAGGAGUCACUGGAUCAGAUCAUUGUAGCUACUCCCGGCCUCAGCAGUGACCCUGUUGCUUUGGGAGUCCUACAGGACAAGGAUCUCUUUUCAGUGUUUGCGGACCCCAACAUGCUGGACACGCUAAUCCCAGCCCACCCCGCGCUCGUGAACGCCAUUGUCCUUGUUCUGCACUCAGUGGCUGGCAGCACCCCGCUCCCAGCUCCGGAGACGUCCUCCCGGGGCAUGUCCUCUGGCUCCUACCGGGACAUGCCAGGUGGCUUUCUGUUUGAAGGUCUCUCUGAUGAUGAAGAUGACUUCCACCAGAGCACAAGAUCUACACCAUCCAGCAGCACUUCUGGUUCCCGCCCGGCUUCCCUCGGCUACGCCGGGGCUGCUGGACCCCGGCCGAUCACCCAGAGCGAGCUGGCAACCGCGCUGGCACUGGCGAGCACCCCCGAGAGCAGCUCCCACACGCCCACCCCUGGCACCCAGGGUCACUCCUCUGGGACCUCCCCGAUGUCAUCCAGUGUCCAGUCAGGAACACCCAUCACCAACGAUCUCUUCAGCCAGGCCUUGCAGCAUGCCCUGCAGGCCUCGGGGCAGCCCAGCCUGCAGAGCCAGUGGCAGCCACAGCUCCAGCAGCUGCGAGACAUGGGCAUACACGAUGAUGAGCUAAGUCUCCGGGCCCUACAAGCCACUGGAGGGGACAUUCAGGCUGCCCUGGAGCUCAUCUUUGCUGGCGGGGCUCCCUAGCUUUUUUGGGCAGGAGAGGCUGGACUGGUGAGUCGCGCUGAGGCAACUGUGACAUUCCUCAGUCUGGGACCCAGCCCUGAAACUCCUCUGCGCUGGGCUGCUUCUCUGGGGCACAAAGCCAUUGGGGUGGGCGCUCCUUUCCUCACGGGUGGGCAGCGUGCUCCUGUUUGAGAGCACUGACUGUGCCCAGGGCAGCUCCUCCAGCUCUGGAUACCUCUCUUCUCUCCAGCCUCCUCCUCCUGGCCACCACAGACAAGACCUCAGAACUUUGUCCAGCACGGAAUACGAGGUGGCUCUGUGUGUUGGAGAGAUUCUUUCCUGUUUCAUGCCUGCCUGCGUGACGCGCCUCAGUCCGUCUUGUUUUGCUGUUGUGGUCCGUCUGUGUUCGACUCUAUUAAAUGGACUGUAUUCA